GAAAAAGGUAACUAACUAUAUAGUUAAUUCUUCCCUCAUGUCUCCGUAAGCCCCGAGUGGCGGUGGCUUUGGUUGGGUAGGCAGAUAGCAGGUCACAGCGACGGAGACUAUGCUACCUGCCCUAUAAUAACAGCGGAUCUGCUCCGACUUGCGGACCAACCAACCCCUCUUCUCUUUCUCUUCUAUCUGACUGGGCUACGCUACGCCCUAUCGGAUUGUCUAGUGGAUAUCGAAAUUUACCAUCAGGUCAUUUCAACAAGCUCGACUUAAUUAACAGGAAGGGAGAUUCCAGUGACCUGGUCGAAGACAAUGAGCACGACGAUCGCUGCACCAUGAAACGGAGUCGCGAAGCCAACGGCGAGACCUCGUCGGGCUCGUCGCCUCAGGGCGCUUUCCCCCCUCCGGGGUCGGAAAAUGACGCUCGCCAAAGCCCGAGACAUGUCCCGAAGAUCUCUCGAAGGAUACGGGCGUGUACCGAAUGCAAACGCCACAAGGUGCGCUGUGAUAUGAAUGCGGGGGAGACCACCUGCCAGAGAUGUCGUCGCAUGGGUCUGGAGUGUGUCGUCAACAAAAGUCUCCAGACAUUACUUGAUGAUGAAGCAGAGUGGAAGACAACAAUUGAGCUAGCUAUGGCCGAUUUGCUUCGAAAGGCACAGUUGCCGGAACUGUCGUACUACCAAGCAUUGGGUAGAUCUGCAGACCCGCCACCACCCAAGAGGAGAGAUCGAAAAGCAUCGACCGCUUCGACGGAAGGUAGCCCCCCGACAAUAGGAAUUGAUAGAACAACAGAGGCGACCGACGCCGGGUCGCGUGCGAGAUCGAAAGUGCAUGGACGGCAGAACAAUACCUUCCAGUCACCGGCGCAAUAUUCACUUGAUAGGGAGGAGAAUGGUAAUUCGUCGCUGGUUACCGCGCCGAUGGGAAGUCUGUACGAAGUUACUCAAUUGGGCGAUAUCCAAGGAAGCUCUCCUGGACGACAGUAUGCAUCUGAUCGGGCGCUGGUAACGGAUUUUGUCUCGCGUGGAGCUGUGGACGUACACGAAGCUGAGGAGAUAUUCUACCAUUUCGACCAGGUUCUUAACCGUUAUUUGUGGGAUGGCAUAUUGCUCGUACAUAAGGAUCUCACGUCUUUGCGCAACUCUUCCUCGAUGCUCACUGCCGCCAUCCUCGCCGUGGCGGCUCUUCACCUCCCCAAUAAAGAACGGACUUUCGAUAUAAGUUACACCGAGUUCGCCAAGUUAGCCUCAGAGUCCAUGUUAGACAGACAUCACACCUUAGAUGAUUUGCGCGCUUUAUGCAUAGGGGCGUUUUGGCUUGCAGAUGUAAGCUGGAAGCUGUCUGGGUAUGCGGUUCGUAUCGCAACGGAGCUCGGCCUGCACCAGGCCUACCGCAGGGCCAAACUAGGCUCUCCAGAGCACAUCGAACAAGCUCGGCUUUGGUAUCUUCUCUACACUCUGGAACACCAUUUUUCGAUUGCAUAUGGACGACCCCCCAUUAUCCACGAAGACUAUAGCAUUACCAACCACAAUACCUUUAUACUCUCCCCCUCCGCCCCGCAAUCUGACCUGCGCCUACACAGCCAAGUUGAUCUCUUUAUAAUCCUUACCCGAAUAUAUCAUGCCUUUGGCCCGGAUGUUGAGUUGGAAGUUCCCGAGAGUGAAUUUUCCACGAUUGAUAAAUAUGAUGCUGAACUUGGGGGAUGGCGAUCUGCGUGGUUACCUCGUUUAGCCGGAAGUCGGUAUGUUGGUGCGUACCCUUAUAAAGCAGUAUACCUACACUAUAAUUUUUCCCGCUUACAGCUGAACUCGGUCGCUCUGCGGACCUAUCAUUCCUCGAAUUCAACGCGUCCCAUGUCCACGGAGAGAAAGAAGCGGGCAAAUAUUGCUAUCGAGUGCGCCAUUGGGACGCUCAUGGCUGUCUUGGAUGAACCUGACAUCCAACGAGCUCUGGUUGGUGUUCCAUUGUAUCUCCACAGCAUGAUUACAUUUGCGGCCGUUUUCUUGUUGAAGAUCGCUGCCAAGGGCUGCUCGACGGCCAUUUCCGGAGGCCAGACCCAGCAGAACUCUAUUGCCGCGGCCGGUCUGCACAUCGAUGUUUCAUACGUGCGUGCCUUGGUCGCCCAGAUUGUUGAUCUGAUGGUGUCUUGCAGCAAACGUGCUAGCGAGCGCCAUCUCAGCCACCACAUAGCCCGUGGGCUGAAGAAAAUGCUGACCGGUCUGGAGGAGUGGGAAAAGCGAAGUUCUUCCGCCCAGCUAUCACUGGUGCAAAAUUCCCAUGACCACACUUCAAUGUUCAAGCCGAUAGUGAUUCCGGGGGCUCAACCGCUAGGCGAGCAGGAUACUAUCUUAGCCCAUCCGCGCCCUCUGUUAGGAGUAGCCCCCUUAUCCGCAGAGCGGGGCAAUGGAUUCGAACCGGAGAUGAAGCAACAGAAUGGAUUGUCCGAGGGAUCUAUAGAUCCUAUGAUGGCUGAUCUCUGGGGCUUUGACGAGGAAUAUUUCCCCACGGGUGUCUUUGACUUUCUUCAAUCGCAGAUGCCUGCUUGAUGUCGUGUCGGAAAUUUAACCCUUGAAAUGCAGGACUACUUUUACCAUAACCCGUCCGGACUUGCCCUAGUAGAAGACGGCCCAGAAGAGGAUGGGUCCGCAUGCAAAUCCCUCGAGAGCUACAUAUAGCUAUUAUUGAAUAAUACUAUUACAUAU